CUCAAGUUGUCACUUCUGCUUGGCAACGCCAUAUACACCUAUGAGGCUUUCCCCAGUACCCCCCUCCAGACGCCAAUAAUGACAGCGCGCGAGAAAGCGGAGUCUAGCCCUCGCCCCGUGCUGCACCAACCUCCUAUUCCUAGAGUCCUCCGAUUGUGUGCGGCAGCAUCGAAGUGCGUUUGCUGCAGCGUUUCCCUGAUGGAGGUAGCGCUCAUCCUCGGGCAUCAUCCCUCGUGGACCUACUCCGCUUUUAUUCCAACUUCGUUACUUCCUUUCGUCAGGCUGUGGAGUCUACGUCUCACGUGGAGCUCCGUAGCGGGAUGUACCCUCGGGAUCAUCGGAGGAUUCAUCCGUACGCAAUGCGCCGGUCGCACACUCGGACGUUCGUCUAGUGGGGAAACCGCUGCUAGGGACGACCGCAAGCUGAUCACCGAUGGACCGUACUCACUUGUGCGGUAUCCUGACUACAUGGGUGAAUGCUUGCUCAUGGCGGGGAAUGUACUAUUGCUGGCAAGCAAAGGCUCGUGGUAUACAGAAGGAGGUUUGUGGAAUACCGUCGUAGGCAAGGGUCUCGCAUGCUCCGUCAUAGUAUUCGUGGCUUCCGUUGCACUGAGCAGAUUCUGGAUGGUGGAAAAGGAAGACGAGCUGCUGAGGGAAGAGUUUGGUCAGCAGUGGGAUGAGUGGGCAAGGAGGACUCCGUAUCGCCUGAUACCGUUUAUCUAUUGAGGUCUACGAUCUAGUUGCCCGCUGGCGGUUGUAUAGAUAUCCCUUGGACUUAGUAUGUUAUAGUCAUUCUUCAUGCCAUGCAACUUCCUUUGAC